CGGCCGAGGGGAGGGUAAAAUUUGUGAAUGGCUUCAAACUGAUUGAAACAAGGAAGGGUUUAUAAUGUUUUAUCAGCACUUUAGCAGAUGUUGUUUUUAUUUGAUGUGACAUUCUUCAGGACUGGAUUGUAACGGGGGAAACGAUGUCGGACGCUGAAGGUGCUCGCAGUGCAGACCAGCUGAAUAAAUUCAAGAGGCUGACAGGCAGGCCGCCGCACGGUGAGACGGUAGCAGGUCAUCGUAAUCCCCCUGCACGCAGCGGACAUCGCUGUGUUGCUGACAACACUAACCUGUAUGUGUUUGGAGGAUACAACCCUGACUACGAUGAGUCCGGUGGCUCAGAGAAUGAAGACUAUCCACUGUUCAGGGAGCUUUGGAGGUACCACUUCGCCACAGGCUGCUGGCAGCAGAUUCGAACAGAGGGCUACAUGCCCACAGAGCUGGCAUCUAUGUCAGCUGUUUUGCACGGGAACAACCUCCUAGUGUUUGGCGGCACUGGGAUCCCAUUUGGUGAAAAUAAUGGUAACGACGUUCACGUUUGUAAUGUGAAGUACAAGCGAUGGUCUCUGCUCAACUGUCGGGGGAAGAAGCCCAACAGAAUCUAUGGACAGGCGAUGGUCAUUAUAAAUGGCUUCCUCUACGUAUUUGGAGGGACAACGGGUUACAUAUACAGCACAGACCUGCACAGGCUGGACCUGACCACCAGGGAGUGGAUCCACCUCAAGCCCAACAACCCUCCUGAUGACCUGCCUGAGGAACGGUACAGACAUGAAAUAGCACAUGACGGACAGAGGAUCUACAUUCUGGGAGGAGGAACUUCCUGGACAUCAUACCCUCUGGACAAGAUACAUGCAUACAAUCUGGAGACCAAUUCCUGGGAGGAGAUUACAACUAAACCUCAUGACAAAAUAGGAUAUCCUGCUCCAAGGAGAUGCCAUAGCUGCGUGCAAAUUAGAAACGAUGUAUUUAUUUGUGGAGGCUACAACGGGGAGUUGAUAUUAGCUGAUCUGUGGAAGAUUAACCUGCAGACUUUCCAGUGGAGUAAACUACCAGCGGUGAUGCCCGAGCCCGCCUACUUCCACUGUGCUGCUGUCACCCCAGCUGGCUGCAUGUACAUUCAUGGUGGUGUAGUGAACAUCCACGAGAACAAGAGAACUGGCUCUCUGUUUAAGAUCUGGCUGGCGGUGCCCAGUCUGCUGGAGCUGUGCUGGGAGAGGCUCCUCAAGGCCUUUCCCCACCUGACAUCACUCCCCACCAUGCAGCUGCUCAACCUGGGCCUCACACAGGAACUCAUUGAACGUUUGAAAUAGGCCACACAGUGGAGCACAGACAGAUGAAUGGAUGGAAAGGGCUGGGUUUGGGAACGGGAGGAGAUGAGGUCUGACAGAGCACAGAAUUGAAUUCACAGAAAAAUUCUCGGGAAAAUGCCCUCCCCCCACCCCACCCCGCCUAACGUAGCCCCGCCUUAAAACCAAAAACAAUGGGAUGCCUUUUUGUUGUUUUAGUCUUUAUUUUUUUGCAGUUAGAGUUCUGACACAUACAGAAAACAAAUGCGGGAUGUUUUAUGGAUUUUACUCAACGCUUCUCCCCCCUCCGCCACCAUUGUUCCUUACAUGUUGCCUUUGUGUCAAACUAAGUAUGAAGUCAGCUUCUCGCCCUUGUGACAGCUGGAAAUACUUUAUUUUGCCAUGUCAUGUUUUCAAAGACUCCCUUCUCCCAUUUUUAAAAAAAAAAAUAGCCUUCUUCACUACUUUUAAGAAUUCUGUGCAAAGGAAGACUGCAUGCAUAUUUAUUUGAAGGACGAACAGUUUUCUUGGGAUAUUCUCAUCACCUGUUGUUGCUGUUUGCACACUUUGUCUUGCAUAUUUGUCAGCAUUUAAUUUUUUUUAAAAACAGAUCCCAUAAGCGACGAUAACCAUAGUGAUGGUUUUAGUCUACACAAGUGGCAGACAUUGUUUUUUGCUGAAGGGUAGUACCAGUGUUUUUGCACAUUUUUUGCCAAUUUACUACAAAUCACAUCAUUUAAAUCAUUGCUGACCAUUUGUUUCAUGGUAUAAAAAAUCUACUUCCAGAAGCUUGAAAUUUGAGUUUGGUAGUCGAGUUUUAGUUUGUCUGGCUUUUAUUUAUUGUUGAAGUUGCAUUAUCCUUAGAUUACAUAAAUAAAAGUAGACAUGGUGUUAACUUUUAGGAAUGACCUAUUUUAAGUUGUUUUCAUGCCAAAUUAAUGGAAACCAGUGUCUGCCUGAAGCAAAGGAAAAACUAAAUGUGAUUUGUGGUGAAUUGACUCAAACAUACACAAAUACUGUAUGCCCUCUAUUGAUGUGAAAGAAAUGUUAAAUGCUGAUUUUGCCUGUGUCUGAGCCUUUGUAUUUCCUGUACUUGCCAUCAUACAUUAUGUUACAGCCUAGUCUUGAGAAUUCUCUGCAAAAAAAACCCAAGGAAGGUGGGUAUCCUCAAAGAUCAAAAUGUUUUCUAAAAAGUAAUAAUUUCACAUCCAUCCUGUUUGCUCACAGUUUUCAUUUGUAAACCAAACCAUGCAACAUAUCACUGUGAAUUUGGUGCUCUUUAAAAAUUAAUUUAAAAAUGCUUUUAUUCGAAUAAAGACUUAAUUCUGUUCAGACUUUUACUCCCUCUCUGUUGAUGACAUUGAAAUCGUUUUGCACGGGGAGUUGCUUCAGUAGCAGGCUCACACAAACAUACUGC